CCGAGCAGAAGGAAGUUCUAGUUCAUUGCUCUGGUUUCUGGAUUCAUUGAGAAGAAAGACGUGGAAAGGGACUAGACCGCAGUUUGCCAUUCACGACUGCCAAUAAAAGAAAUACGCAUUUGUGUGUUUUUUGAAUCUCUAUUCAAUUUUAGCUGUAAUCUGCAAAUACUGCUGAUGGGUUUUUAGGGCGUGCACUGCAGCAUGGUAUCUGAUUGCAGGCAUAUUUGCUGAACAUUCCCGACCACAAGAUCUAUAUUAGCAUGAAAGCUCAAGCUCUUAUCCGCGUAGAUUGACUAUUUGAUCCGCCAACUCGCUAGAAAGAAAACUCAAGCUUUCUCGUGUCAAAGUCGAGUCAAUCUUAAAUGCAGCAAGAGGUCGAAUAUCUAAAUGGCACGCAUACCAUAGUCGUAAAUGGUGUACCAUUGACUCUUUCCUAUGGAUAUUUCGGCCCUUCUCACUCGGCCCUUGCCCCAUUCCGAGUUCUUCUUUAGUUUAAGAAUCAAGGUGCUGGGAAAGAGAAAUCAACAUGUUUACGUUCCUGACCCUACCGAGUUAAGAUAAAUAUCUGGAAUUACUUGAGUUCAAACGUUGUAGCCUAUCAUCUAUUCGGCUCAGUUCGGGUUUGCCAGAGGUCAUUUAACUCCAUACUCUUCGGGAGCAGCAGAGAGAGGGACGAAUAUGGGAAUAGAAAUUCUUGGAGGGCUCGGGCCAUCGAUCUUAAGUUAAGCCAAGUCGAUGCUUAGUCUCGCAAACGAGAGUCUUUUUGUCUAGAACUAGGGUCACUCUAUUUGAAUCAAUGACCGAUAUGCUAGGAUGGAGACCGAUGUCUUUCCUUUUAUUAGAGCUAUCCGAUAGAAAGUAUAGAAAGAGAGUCGCUUUCUCUUCAAGCACUCUUGGGUGACAGGAGAUUCAUGGUCAUCCAUUAUCAGUUUAAAAAAGUGCUUUGCUUCUCCCACCUCAUGAAGGAGAUAGCGCGCCUAAAGGUCUCUGAUCUCUUUAUCACCGGAAAGGAGAAUGAAUGUGUCUCACCAGGUCCUCUUCACUAUUCAUUAUCACACAGGAAUUUUCCAUAGCUGUGAUUGAGCUCCCUUUCAGUUCCAUCGAGGUGCAAAAACCAACAAAGCUUCUACCAAUCUAUGCUUUCAUCAUACAGUUCUCAAUGUAGAAAAUCUUCCCUAAACCAUCGAAAUGAGUGUUCUGUCAUUUUCUCCAUUUAAUAAUGAAAGGAGAUUGAGAAAGUGAAGUUGGAUGUUCUUAACAGUAGCUACGGGCCGGGCCUAUGAGAUUCUGAUUCUGGCUUAUUCACAUCGUGAAGGAGAUUGAAGAUGCGGUUGGGUUGGAUUUACUUCCAGCUUUCCUAAUCAAAUCAAUCUUUCUUUUUCUGGUCCCCGUCUACACGUCGCCCCGUCGUUCUCACUCGGCCCUUAAUUCUUUCUUGCGCGAAAAAAGCCUCACUAUUCCCAUGUCUUUCUUGGUUGGACCAACCCAACCGGCGAUUUGCUACAAAGUCUUUCUUCAUUUUGAGAGCAAGAAGCGGAACAAAAAUCAAGCUUUCUUUAUUUAUCUUUAUGGAUAACCAAUCCAUUUUCAAAUAUUGUUGGGAGACUUUCCCCAAGAAAUGGGUACUGCAAAUGAAAAGAUCGGAACAUGGGAAUAGAUCUUAUACCAAUACUGACUACCUAUUUCCAUUGUUGUGCUUUCUAAAAUUGCAUACCUAUACCAGGGUUCAAGUUUCGAUCGAGAUUUGCGGAGUUGAUCAUCCCUCUCGAAAACUCAGAUUUGAAGUUGUCCAUAAUUUACUGAGUACUCGGUAUAACUCACGCAUUCGUGUACAAACCAGUGCAGACGAAGUAACACGAAUCUCUCCGGUAGUCAGUCCAUUUCCAUCAGCCGGCCGGUGGGAGCGAGAAGUAUGGGAUAUGUCUGGUGUUUCUUCCAUCAAUAAUCCGGAUUUACGCCGUAUAUCAACAGAUCAUGGUUUCGAGGGUCAUCCAUUACGAAAAGACUUUCCUCUGAGUGGAUAUGUGGAAGUACGCUAUUCUGAUCCAGAGAAACGUGUGGUUUCUGAACCCAUUGAGAUGACCCAAGAAUUUAGCUAUUUCGAUUCUGCUAGUCCUUGGGAACAGCGUAGCGACGGAUAAUGAAGAAUCAACCAACAUAGGUCUAGUCCAGGGGACAAAGAAAUAGGAAAUGCUAUUUGCUUCUUAAGAAUCAGAACUUAUAUGAAAUGAAAGCGGGCGUCGGAUAUCAUUGAUCAAUCCACAAUCUGUUCUCGCCUUCCAUUCUUCCUAUCCUAGUAUGGAAUCAGUAGUCAAGAAAAAGUACUGCGUCUCGAUCUAUACGAAAGGGCACUGGUUUUUCUUUUCUUUCGGUUUCAUUGAUAGCAGAAGACUAGCUAGCUCCCGUUUUCAGGCUCCGCUAGCUAGCUAGCUAGCCCUACGGAAUGCCUACGCUUGCUGCUCGCUCAGUGUCAGUAGAAGGGAAGAAAUGAAUGGUCACUCCUAUUUUUUAGGAACGGAACAUAGCUCGCCUUACGACUGUUGCACUUCACUCGCUGCUCGCUGGCUCCUUCAUUCACUUGCUCAUGAACUCGCAGCUUCGCCAGAAGCGACGAAGGGCGGGUGGGAAGGCCGACGAUGGAAAUGAGGGGGAGGCUAAGCUAAGCAGUCGUAGAAGCUUUGCCCCAAAAGUUCAAAGAAUGAAACUUUUGUUCAGCUCUUCAAAUACUGCUGAUGGUUUUUUAGGCGACUAUCGUCUCACCUAUAGAAUAGCCUUCCCAACUUAAAAGUUCAAAGGAUUAAACUUUUGUUCAGCUCUUCGCCAAUUCGACUAUCGUCUCACCUAUCCAUAUCCAUCUCCAGUGGGUACCCUUCCCUUCGUUCAGCUCUUCGCCCCUCUCCUUAUCAGUCGAGCUCGAUCCUUACGUCUCCAAUCCCCCUCGCCCUUCGGGCGAGCUCAAUCGGUUGAUUCCCUAUCGGUCGCUGGCUCGUCUACACGUCGCCCCUUCCCUUACGUUCAGCUCUUCGCCCCUUCCCUUACGUUCAGCUCUUCGCCCCUUGCUUUACAGAAAGAGUGACUUACUGACUUUAUUACCUUCUUAUCCCGGAACGCUUGCUAAUCUAAGAGUUCCCUUCAAUCUUCUUAACUGCUGAACGAACGCCACCAUCCUUCUUAUUCAGGAACCCGGGGGCCUCGGCCCGGGAAGGGGGGAGUGGCCGAGUGGUCAAAAGCGACAGAAUGUAAAUCUGUUGAAGGUUUUCUACGUAGGUUCGAAUCCUGCCUCC